AUGAGUACUUCUCCAUGCACACAUGCCUUACCUCUUUCAACCCUCUUUUUUGUUCUCAUUGCGGUGAUUCUGAUCUCGAGAUCUCAAGCUCGAACCUUAAGGCCUUUCAACAAUUCAAUUUCGGCUGUUUUUAUAUUUGGAGACUCGACGGUUGAUCCAGGAAACAAUAACUACAUAGGCACUCCUUUUAAGAGCAAUUUUCCACCCUAUGGGAGAGAUUUUGUCAAUCACACUCCAACCGGAAGGUUUUGCAAUGGGCGUCUCGUGACUGAUUUUAUCGCUUCAUACGUAGGUGUCAAAGACUAUGUACCACCAUAUUUGGACCCAACGCUUAGCAUCGAGGAGCUGAUGACUGGAGUUAGUUUUGCCUCAGCUGGCUCUGGGUUCGACCCAUUGACACCGAUGAUUGGCGGUGUAAUUCCAAUGUCUGAGCAACUGGAAUACUUCAGAGAGUAUAAAAGCAAACUGGAGCUAGCUAUUGGAAAGAGAGGAACCAAAAACCUCAUUAACAAGGCUGGGUUCAUUGUUAGCGCCGGUACAAACGAUUUUGUGGUCAAUUAUUUUGGCACACCGAUUCGUCGGCAAAGCUACACUGUCUCUGGCUACCAGCAAUUUUUGAUGCAACAUGUCCAACAGUUCAUACAGGGUUUGCUGAAUGAGGGGGCUAAGAAGAUAGGCAUAGUUGGGCUACCUCCAAUGGGUUGCUUGCCUGGGGUCAUCACCCUUUAUUCAAACACUUUUCAUCAACGUGAGUGUGUCGAGACAUUAUCAUCCAUCGCCAGAGAUUACAAUCAAAUGCUCCAGAAAGAGUUGAAGGCAUUGCAAAAUGGUCUAACUCAGAUAUUUUAUGUAGACAUAGACCAACCACUGAGGGACAUGAUUCAACGGCACACAAGUUUUGGUUUUGAAGAGGUUAGCACUGGUUGUUGUGGGAGCGGAUUAUUUGAAACUUCAUUUACCUGCAACUUGGAAUCAAAUGUUUGUGAAGAUGCUUCCAAGUACGUAUUCUGGGAUUCAAUACACCCAACUGAAGCAGCAUACUACAUUAUCUUUGAGGCCAUACGACCCACCAUUGAUAUUGCCAUCAAAUAAUAAUAUGAAAUGGUCAUCGCAAAUUUGACAGUCAUGAAUGAACUUGAUCAGGUCAAAUUCUUUGUUUUAUUCUUAAUUUUUAUUGGGUGUAACUUGGUGUCAUCAUCCAAUAAAAAACUUAUAAAAUGAAUAACGUGAACCCAAUUUUUUACUGGGAUGG